AUGCUUGAAGACAAGAUCUACGAGUUCUUGAAUGUGACGCUCCGAGAAAUACUGAGAGACGACAGCCGUCCGCACCCACCGUUCGAUCCGCUCGCCAUCGGGAACUUCUCCACUGCAUUCGGUGAAGGCAAUGAAACGCUCAAUGUGGAACUGCAGAAUAUUGUCGUAGAAAAUUUGUUGGGAUAUGUUCCUUAUAAUGGCUCUAUGGAGCCAGUGGGAUUAAAAUUCCCUGUAGCUCUCGACUUUCCCAACAUCACAGUCACUGGACAUUGCUCUUUGGAUGGAUGGCUCAACGGUGGACAGUUGUACGUUAAGGGGUCGGGAGACAUCAAAUUUUCUCUUCUCGACACAUCUAUAUACCUGGAAUUGGAUGCUGGUGUCCACAAUGACUCUACACUCUUUUUGGAGUGUGUUGCCCUUGACUACAAUGUUGGCGGUGCUGAGUUUCAUCUGGAAGGUCUAAUCGGUGAUGGCCCUUUUGGAGACCUCCUCAACAAAGUCCUCGAUGUCGUCGUCCCAGCCGGAUUGAACAAGGCCAAGGAGAUGCUCUUGGGAAAUGUGAUAUGUCCUUUUAAAAAUGUAGCCAACAGUUACUUAGCUAUUCAGAGGAAAACACUGACUGAUUUGUUUUGUGCUGUUGGUGUCACGAAGCUUUGCCCGUAA